UAGAAACGGAAGCGGAAGUGGCGCCGCCGCCGGCCUGGCCUGGCCUGGCUGAGGGGAGGCGGGCGGGCGGGCGGGCGCGAUGGCGGAGGCCGGGCCACAGGCGCCGCCGCCCCCGGGUACUCCAAGCCGGCACGAGAAGAGCCUGGGACUUCUCACCACCAAGUUCGUGUCGCUUUUGCAGGAAGCCAAGGACGGCGUGCUUGACCUCAAGCUGGCAGCCGACACUCUUGCUGUGCGCCAGAAACGGCGGAUUUACGACAUCACCAACGUGCUGGAAGGUAUUGGUCUGAUCGAGAAAAAAUCCAAGAACAGCAUCCAGUGGAAAGGCGUCGGGCCAGGUUGCAAUACCCGGGAGAUUGCGGACAAGCUGAUUGAGCUCAAGGCAGAGAUCGAGGAGCUGCAGCAGCGGGAGCAAGAACUUGACCAGCACAAGGUGUGGGUGCAGCAGAGCAUCCGGAAUGUCACCGAGGAUGUCCAGAACAGCUGCUUGGCCUACGUGACUCAUGAAGACAUCUGCAGAUGCUUUGCUGGAGAUACUCUCCUUGCCAUCCGGGCCCCAUCGGGCACCAGCCUAGAGGUGCCCAUCCCAGAGGGUCUCAAUGGUCAGAAGAAGUACCAGAUUCACUUAAAGAGCAUGAGUGGGCCUAUUGAGGUACUGCUAGUGAACAAGGAGGCCUGGAGUUCACCACCUGUGGCUGUGCCUGUACCUCCCCCUGACGAUCUACUCCAGAGUCCACCUGCUGUUUCUACACCUCCACCUCUGCCCAAGCCUGCCUUAGCUCAACCCCAAGAGACCUCUCGUCCAAGCAGCCCCCAGCUACCUACCCCUACUCCUGUCCUUGGCAGCACUGAAGUCUCAGAGGUGACUGGCCAGACAGCUGAGAUUGCAGUGAGUGGUAGCCCUGGAACUGAGAACAAGGACAGUGGUGAACUCGGCUCACUCCCACUGAGCCUGACAGCACUGGACACUCGACCUCUGCAGUCCUCUGCACUACUGGAUAGUAGCAGCAGCAGCAGCAGCAGCAGCAGUAGCAGCAGCAGCAGUUCAUCUGGACCCAACCCUUCUACCUCCUUUGAGCCCAUCAAAGCAGACCCCACAGGCGUUCUGGAUCUCCCCAAAGAGCUGUCAGAAAUCUUCGACCCCACAAGAGAGUGCAUGAGCUCCGAGCUGCUGGAAGAACUGAUGUCUUCAGAAGUGUUUGCCCCCCUCCUCCGACUUUCUCCACCUCCCGGAGACCACGAUUACAUCUACAACCUGGACGAGAGUGAAGGUGUCUGUGAUCUCUUUGAUGUUCCUGUUCUCAAACUCUGACAAGGACACUGUCCUGUGCAGCCACAACCCAGACUGUCUGGGCUAGGAGCCAACUAAGGACUGCCCCUCACCCCCACCCCGACCCUAAGAGCCCAACUCUUGGCUUACUCAGCCCUUCUGGCUGCUCAGUUCUGGCUGUGCUUUCCUGUCUUGCACUGGCACUUGUAACUGUGCUAGCAUUGCUGGACAGAGAGCUUAGCCCUCUCUACGUGGAGCCAAAUGUUUGCCUUUUCUCUCUUGGAGCCUUCCCCAGCCAGGCUCAGCUGCCUCUCAGUGGCACUUCUGCCCUGUUCCUACCAAUCACUACGAAGGAGGUUCAGAAAGGAGGUGGUGCUGGGUGGUUGCCAGCAAUCACUCUUCCUUUCCCACCUGCUCACCCUGCAGCUUCUGGACCUCUCAUAUGUCCUGAGUCCUGGAAACUCAGGGUAGCCAUGAUGGAGGGGGUUAAUAAGAAGGAAUUGAUGUGUCUAGUUAGGAGUCUGGGUGGGUUGGUACCUGAAGAAUGGCUCCACCUCCUGCGCCCCAUCCCCCACCCUCCCUUCACUCCCACUUAUUCACUUACCCUCAUUUAGAGCCAUUGCAGAGAUUUAGAAAGAUUUACAGUAACGAAUGAAUUCCUAUAUAAAGAUUAUUUUUAUACUUUUUUCAGCAAAAGGAAAUUGUAAUAUUUGUACAGCAUUCAAGUGAAUAAAGACAUGCCUAAGGCUA